UGCUUCCUGUUUUGAAACGGACUGCCCAUUUCUCAUAAAGGCAAUGAUAAUAAUAAUAAUGAUGAUAAUGAUGUAAACGCGGGUUUUGGAGCUGUACUGAUCUGAUCCUGCUGUAAGCAUGUCGGUGAGCUCGGGUUGCAGUACGGUGCUGAUGUCGGUGCGGGUGUCGGUUCGGCCGCUGCGCGUGGGCUCGGACUCUCUGCGGCUGCAGCUCAGUAUGAACCCGAGCCGCGCGGGACUCUUCAUGCUCACACUCAGACACAACGACCGCGGAGGUCGCAGCGUGUCUUUAGCAGAGUUUGAUCUUCGCUCUGUGAAGUACGAGAUCACAUCAGCUCGAUGUCAUGAACUGCAUCUCAUUAAGCCACCGCACGACUCCCUCACAUUUACCUUCCGAAGUGAGCAGGAGGCUCAGGAGUGGGCUACUGUCAUGAUGUCAUCACUGAGAGAGGCACACCGAGUUGCCAGCAUUCUGCAUCCUACACAUGAUGGACAGCAGUAUAAGAAGUGCGGCGAAAAAAACUCAACCAUGUCCAUGUCAACGAAAGAGGAGUUGUGUAUCGAGCUUUCUCGAGCUAUAGAGGCUGGAGAUACUGGUGCAGCAGAGCGGUACGCCUCAGAUCUCGCCCAGCAUCAGAUAGCACUGACUAUUCAGCCAACUCCAAGAGAAACUGAGGACGGGGAGAUAAGUUUAGCUGUGGUUGUAGAGGAUGCAUCGUCAUCUUGUUGUGUUACAGUAAAAAUCCUCCCCCAUAUGACGGUUUCCUCUUUAAAGCAGCAGAUGUUUCUCGAAUAUGGUUUUCAUCCCAAGGUGCAGCGUUGGGUCAUCGGACAGUGUCUGUGCGCAGACUCCCGUUCCUUAGCGUCUUAUGGCGUCUGUAGGGACGGUGACACAGCAUUCCUCUACCUCCUGACUGCCCGUCACGCCUCCCUCAGUCGUCAGCUGUGCCGGCAGGACCAGGAGAACGCCGUCCUCAUGCUGACACCAGCAACAAAUCCCACAGCUACUCACACACCAGCUAGCAGCAGCAGUCCCAUUAGCCAUGACUGGAGAGGUUACAGUACGCUACCUCCUCGAUUUAGUCACAGCAGCUCAGGUGGUAGUGGGUGUGGCACAGAGAAACCCAGGGUUAGUGACAUCAUUAACCUUGAUAUUCUGCAGCCCGGAGGGUCCAAACUGAAAUCAAUUAACACACAGUUGGGGUGGUCCUGCCCUUCCUGUACAUUUAUAAAUAAAUCCACAAGACCAGGCUGUGAAAUCUGCAGCGCAGAUCGACCCAACCCUCCCAAUCACAGUAGCACUCAUCCGGAAAAAGUAAGAAGAUCUGAUCAGUAAAAGUGGGUUGUAAAUGCACAAGAAUAUUAACAAACACAAAACUCUAAACUCACAUUCAUACACACCUCAACCAAACCCAGUAGCCUUGAAAUGAUAACCCUCAGUUUCUGUUUUUCAGUUUGGUGUUUUUCAGUGAAGCUUAAUACUUUCACUUUCUUAAAACUUUUACUAACCUCACUUGGUUAUCCAGUUGUUGCCACCACAGAGAAGUUAUUGGCAGACAAUAUUUCAGGUUUAUCAAGAUUACAGAGCCUGGCAAAAAUGUUUAUUUUUUUUUACAUCAAGAGUUGGAGAGGGUCUUGUUUUGUUGAUAGGAGAGUCAAAACAAACACAUUUUAAACUAUUUCCAGCCAGCUCCAGCAUUGUUUUUAUGAUUUUCAUUUGUUCGCUUUUCAUAACCUCUCCAAUAUGUGUAGGUUUAUUCAAAAGUUUUACAUUUUUGUAGAGGAUCAGAUUCAAAACAGAGAUCAAAACGUACACGGUUUUUUUCUGUGUUUGGAUCAGUGGAUGUUUCAGUGUUUUAUAAGUUGGGUAAGAGUGCCACCUAGUGGAUAAUAGUGGAAAUAUGAAUUGCUGUUAAAACUCGUCAUUGGCAGGGAAAUGUUUUCUCUUAAUUGAUGAGAUAACUUGUCUAUAGUGGGGAAAGAGUUAAAGACUUUCUCUUUAGAUGUUUACCGUGUUUGAUGCAGGUCAAUAAUUGACCCUGGUAUACAUAGUUCAUAAAAUGCAUCAGUUUGGGUUAAACGACUUGCUGUCAGUUAAAAUGUAUUAUUCAUUUAAAUAGUAAUCCAUUAAUGCACUCUUUUGCAAGGUAGUGUAUUUUAGACAUAUCUCCUCAUAUAGAUAAUACAUGUUUUUUAAUGUCAAACAUGCAUUUUCAAUUGGCCCGACCUGUUUGCAGGUGGUAGGUCAUUUGUGGUGUUAUGAGGUUAUUAACAAAUUUAAUUGCUUUGUAAUUUAAGUCAUGUUUUUUUUUUAAAUGUUAGGAAUCUUACAUAGCCAAUGUUCUUGCCAAUUUCACAUCGGGACAAAUAUCAUUUAGAUGUAUUAGGUUUUAUUUAUGUUCUCUUUGGACUGUAGGUGCUAAGUUUUACAGUCCUUGUCAGAAUUGUUGGCACCCUUUGUAAAUAGGAGCUGAAAUAAAUCUGCAUUGUUUAUUCUUUGAUCCUCUCAUUCAAAAACAAAUUAGCAUUGGUGCACAAUGGGUUAGUUAAGAUCAUUUGUUAUGUAUUUUCCAACCUCAUCAGAUGUGGAUGGAAAAGCAUGAAAUAAAAGGGGGGCCAAUAAUUGUAUUGGAGAUUUAAAAAAAAAUAUGAUGAGAUUUCACCCCAUUUUCAAUUGCGUCCAUUUCCAUUAAAGUUACAAUUUACUUUUUUUAAUAAAUGAUGAAGAAUGCAGAUUUAUUUCCACAGCAUACUUUACUCAUAAGAGUGACGAUCAUUUUGGCCAGGACUGUAAACUGUAACGUUUACUUCAUUCUUCACUAAAACAUUGUACAAAGGCCAGUAUGGUUGGUCAACUGAAGGUUGAAAAAGCUGAGUGAAAUGAUGAUAAAUGCAUGUGAUGUAUAUUUUCCUUAAUCUAAAUGUUUUGUAAAUGUUGUUCACGUCGGGAACACGGCUACAUUCAGACACAGGGUUAUGAAGUGCAUUUAUUUUUAUAUAUAGCAUAUUAUUUAAUGAAACGUAAAAGGAAUUCAAUAUUUGUUUAUUGUAAAUGUUUGUGACUCUGCACCUAAAACAUGUAGGCUACAUGCAUUUCACCAUGGCACUGAUGUAAAUAAACAUGAAGCCAAAGCAUAAUC